GCGGCGGCGGCGGCGGGGCUCUGCCUCUACCGGAGCCCAUCGCAGGCCGCAGUGCCGGCGCCGCAGUGAGCCGAGAGCCGGGCCGCGGAGCCUGCAUGGCCAGCGCAGAGAAUUUGUUCCUGCUAAAGAGUCGCUUCACUGAUGUCCAGACCCCUGGAGUCUUAAGGUGUUAGGUGGGCAGAGUUCUCUACCUCUAAAGAGAAACAGUACCUGCUCCCUCACCCUCCUUUGCUAUGGAUACCGAAUCCACAUAUUCUGGAUAUUCUUACUAUUCAAGCCAUUCCAAAAAAUCUCACAGACAAGGGGAGAGAAAUAGAGAGAGACAUAAAUCACCCCGGAAUAAAGAUGGCAGGGGCUCAGAAAAGUCUGUCACUAUUCAGGCUCCCACUGGAGAGCCCCUGUUGGCAAAUGAUUCCACUCGCACAGAAGAAGUUCAGGAUGACAACUGGGGAGAGACCACCACAGCCAUCACGGGCACCUCGGAGCACAGUAUAUCCCAAGAGGACAUUGCUCGGAUCAGCAAAGACAUGGAGGACAGCGUGGGGCUGGACUGCAAACGCUACCUGGGCCUCACCAUUGCCGCUUUUCUUGGACUUCUAGUUUUCCUCACCCCCAUUGCCUUCAUCCUGUUACCCCCGAUCCUGUGGAGGGAAGAGCUGGAGCCUUGCGGCACAAUUUGUGAGGGACUCUUCAUUUCUGUGGCUUUCAAGCUCCUCAUUCUGCUCAUCGGGACCUGGGCGCUCUUCUUCCGCAAGCAGAGAGCCGACGUGCCCAGGGUGUUUGUGUUCCGUGCCCUUCUCAUGGUCCUCGUUUUCCUGUUCGUGAUCUCCUAUUGGCUUUUUUAUGGGGUCCGCAUUUUAGACUCUCGGGACCGCAAUUACCAGGGCAUCGUGCAAUACGCAGUGUCCCUCGUGGACGCCCUCCUCUUUAUCCACUACUUGGCCAUCGUCCUGCUGGAGCUUAGGCAGCUGCAGCCCAUGUUCACGCUGCAGGUGGUCCGCUCCACAGACGGCGAGUCUCGCUUUUACAGCCUGGGACACCUGAGUAUCCAGAGAGCGGCACUGGUGGUUCUAGAAAAUUACUACAAAGACUUCACCAUCUACAAUCCCAACCUCCUCACAGCCUCCAAAUUCCGAGCUGCCAAGCACAUGGCUGGGCUGAAAGUCUACAAUGUAGAUGGCCCCAGUAACAACGCCACUGGUCAGUCUCGAGCCAUGAUUGCUGCAGCAGCUCGACGCAGGGACUCAAGCCACAACGAGUUGUAUUACGAAGAAGCAGAACACGAACGCCGGGUCAAAAAGCGGAGAGCCAGGCUUGUGGUUGCAGUGGAAGAGGCCUUCAUCCACAUCCAGCGACUCCAGGCUGAGGAGCAGCAGAAAGCCCCAGGGGAGGUGAUGGACCCCAGGGAGGCCGCCCAGGCCAUCUUCCCCUCCAUGGCCAGGGCCCUGCAGAAGUACCUGCGCACCACGCGGCAGCAGCACUACCACAGCAUGGAGAGCAUCCUGCAGCACCUGGCCUUCUGCAUCACCAACAGCAUGACCCCAAAGGCCUUCCUGGAACGUUACCUCAGCGCAGGCCCCACCUUGCAGUAUGACAAGGAUCGGUGGCUCUCUACCCAGUGGCGACUUGUCAGUGACGAGGCAGUGACUAACGGGUUAAAGGAUGGAAUCGUUUUUGUCCUUAAGUGCCUGGACUUCAGCCUCGUUGUCAAUGUGAAGAAAAUUCCCUUCAUCGUCCUCUCAGAAGAAUUCAUAGACCCCAAGUCUCACAAAUUCGUCCUUCGCUUACAAUCUGAGACGUCAGUUUAAAUGUUCUAUAUUUGUGGCUUUAU